CUGGGUGGCUGUUGAGCAGGCUCCAGGGAGCUGGGGCAGGAUGUCCUGGGCAGGGGAGCCCGGGCUGAGCUCUCCCGAGACGAGGCUGGCAGGGGAGGACCCCAUGGGAUAGGCCCAGCUCUCCAGAACACUGGCAGCCAGGGCAAGCGUGGCAGGAGUCUCAAGAGUGGUGUCCAGCUUCGGGGGCCUUUGGGAGAGGAAGAGUAAGCUGGGGUGACCUGGCAGAGAUCCUAGGUCAAGGUGGGGCCGGGGGCCCCUGAGACAGCUGUGGGGUAGGGUUACAGAUACAUCCAAGACUAACCGGCUCAGGAUCUUACUGUCCAGAAACUCCCUCCAUGAAGGCAGAGCUCCAGCAAGAAGACAACCAACUGGACCGAGACCUCCCAGGCUUUUCUGGGGACGGGCUCCGCUGGCUGGAGGCAGAGCCCCGGGUAGGCCUGCAUGGACAUCCCCAUCAGCAGCAGAGACUUCCACUGCCUGCAGCUGGCCUGCGUGGCCCUCGGCCUGGUGGCCGGCAGCAUCAUCAUCGGUGUCUCCGUGUCCAAAGCUGCGGCUGCCCUGGGCGGUAUCUUUAUUGGCGCCGCUGGUCUGGGGCUCCUCAUCUUGGCCUACCCCUUCCUGAGGUCUCGGUUCAACCUGGACCACAUCCUGCCCGCAAUAGGUGAGAACCUGAGAAUCCACCCCCAGCCAGGACCCGACCAGCGGGAGGGAAGAUCCAGCGCCAACGGCAAUAGGGAAGGAGCCCGCAGCAGCCUGUCUACCGUGAGCAGAACCUUGGAGAAGCUGAAGCCAGGGGGCAGGGGGGCUGGGGAGGGCUGAGACAGGAGCUGAGGAGCGGCCCCCUGCUCUGCCCUCUCACCUGCCACCCCAACCUCAGAGCCCUCCCGGGUCCAGACCAGAGCUGAACCAGGCCCAGGCCCUGGGGAUGCCAGACCUGCGCUCACCAAGGCCACAGGAAAUGGAGUCCACGUGGCUGGGCGGCGCCUGACGCACGGUGGCUCUGGUUUCAAGCUCUUGACCUGGAUUGUCUCUCUGGACUGCAGCUCAGCUUCCUUCCCUUUUUGAUCUGCUGACAGGAUUCUCUGGAAUUUGGGGCCCAAUGAUACCCUAGUCCCUUGCUCCAGCCUCACCAGGGAAGUGAACCACGGGCUGCCGAGAACCACACCUGGGGUCUGAACCCCCUCAGCCCCACAGCCUGGCUUGGGCUUCAAGUGCUCGCCGGCUGGACAGAGGGGCUGGACCAGGCUCUUCUGAACAUCAAAAGCUCUGGGCAAGUCCUCAGGGAUGGCCUAAGCAGCAGGGGAGCAGACAGGGACGUAGCCUAGAAAAACAAGGUCACUGCCUCGACAGGAGCACAGGUGAGGCAACUCCCUGACCAGAGCGGGACCGCCCUCCUUGAAGAAAAUCAAUUUCACCAAUGCUGGUAGGGCGGGGAGACCUUGGCUCCUCCAGCCCAAGGGAAGUCAGCGUCGUCCACCUUGCGUUUCCUUCCCUCCUGCUCCCUGCCCCUUCUUCCUCUCAACAUCAUCAGCAUCAUC